UGUUAACAUUAGAAAAACAGUCGUCGUCAAGAGUCAGAGAAGGUCCUCUCUGGUGUUGUCUAACUGAAACUAUGCAAUCUGGCGGCGAUUUCAGCAACGGUUUCCACAGAGACGACCACCGCGACCUUGACUUGGAAGAGAGGCAAGUCCCCGGUCUCAGCUCCUUUGGCCGAGCCAAGAAACGCGGUCGCGGCGGAGCUCGUGACCCUAGAGGCGCUCUCACCAAUGGGAUUAGGGUUUCCGAUGAGCAGAAGCCACUUGACACUCAGGGAUCUUCUCUGCCUUGUACAGACUUCGAUGUUGCCUAUUUUCAUUCCUACGCCCACGUCGGGAUUCACGAAGAGAUGAUCAAGGAUCGGGCAAGGACGGAAACUUAUAGGGAAGCUAUAAUGCGGCAUCAGAGCUUAAUCCAAGACAAGGUUGUGGUGGACGUUGGCUGUGGAACAGGCAUCCUUUCUAUCUUCUGUGCCCAAGCGGGUGCUAAACGGGUAUAUGCUGUAGAUGCAAGUGAUAUUGCAGUCCAGGCAAAGGAAGUUGUGAAAGCUAACGGUUUAUCUGACAAGGUCAUUGUUUUGCAUGGGAGAGUGGAGGAUGUUGAAAUCGACGAGGAGGUUGAUGUUAUAAUUUCAGAGUGGAUGGGUUACAUGCUCUUAUAUGAGAGCAUGCUGGGAAGUGUUAUUACAGCUAGAGAUCGCUGGUUGAAGCCUGGAGGUUUAAUUCUCCCUUCACAUGCAACAUUAUACAUGGCACCCAUUUCACACCCUGACAGAUACAGUCACAGCAUUGAUUUUUGGCGCAACGUUUAUGGAAUUGAUAUGUCUGCAAUGAUGCAAUUAGCUAAACAGUGUGCAUUUGAAGAACCUAGCGUGGAGUCCAUAUCAGGCGAGACCGUUCUAACGUGGCCCGAAGUGGUUAAACAUAUAGACUGUCAAACAAUAAAAAUCCAAGAGCUAGACUCUGUUACUGCAAAAUACAAAUUCAAGUCAAUGAUGAGAGCUCCUAUGCAUGGUUUUGCAUUUUGGUUUGAUGUUGAGUUCAGUGAACCUGCUAAGAAUACUAGUGCAACAAGCGUUGCCAAUGGUUCUUCAUCAAUAAGUCCUUCUAGAGAAGGAAAUCAAAAGAAGCGGAGUAAUCCGAGUGAUGCACUCGUGCUGUCCACUUCUCCUGAGGCUCCUCCAACGCAUUGGCAGCAAACGAUUGUAUAUUUCUAUGACCCGAUAGACGUAGAGCAAGACCAAAUCAUUGAAGGUUCCGUUACUCUUUCUCAAAGUAAAGAGAACCGGCGAUUCAUGAACAUCCACCUCGAAUAUACCUCGGCUGGCCGUUCCUUUGUAAAGGAGUCGGUAAUGCGUUAAGAAGGCGAGAGAUUCUCUGACAAUAUCUCCUUACCUUAGAAGCCCUGUAAGAAAGAUUUAGUCUCUUCUGCUAAAGCAAUCAGUAGUCCAGACUGAAGACAUUAUUGGCAAACACAAGUUAUUUUUUAGUCUGCGAAACCAUAUGUUCUUGUAAGAGUAUUAAGGUUUAGAUCAGAUGGAAGCAAUUAUAGGACAAAGCCAUUUAGCUUCUUUACUAGUAUAUGACUGCAUCUAUUGAUCAUCCAUUUUAUUUGUACUUUUGUGUACCACAUUCAGGUCGGAAUAGUCAAAUUUGUGUUUAAAAUCAUUUAUCC